CAGUGGCGUUCUGUGCGUGCUGGCGAGCGCAAUAUGAAUUAGUCAGCUAGUCGCCGCGCUGUGUUUUCACUCGAUUCUGGGGCACAGCUGGACUGACUGGAUUAUCCGGACCUUCUUGAUCUGCCGGACCCCUGAGGAAACAGAAGGUUCUGCGCGAUGUCGGGCACCCAGGACUACGAUCGCAAGUACCUGCUCAGCAUGCCGGGCCUCUGCAAGCUGGCCUGCUUGCUGUGCAGCUUCGUUGGAAUUCUUUGUAUCAUCUGCGGACCGGUGCGCGUGAGCAAUUUCCGGGGCAGCUUCUACCUGGCGGUGGUGUCCAUUGGCUUCGUGGCCACCCUGGCCCUGCUCCUGGCCAGGUACUUGCGCGUGUGGCAGCGCCAGUUCUGCCGGUGCGAUCCCACGCUCUGGUCCCUGGCGGUGCACUCCUCCCUGGCCCUGGCCUACUUCGCGGCCUCCGGCCUCGUGCUGUCCCUCGACAUCGGGGCCUACACGGCGGCAGCGUUCUUCGGGCUGACCGCAUUUUGCAUCAACGGACUGGAGGCCUACGGGAACUACAGGCGCAGUCGCCAGAGGGAGGUGGCCACCCAAACCGUAUAGACUUGGAUUCCGAUGGACAAUCCCAGUGUGGUUUCGGUGGCUCUGCUACUCUAAGCUUGCCCCACAGUGGUUUGAGUGUGUAUCUGUGCGAGAGCGAGGGUCUGUGUGCGUGAGAGCGAGUAUCGGUUGCAUUGAGCACUGCAGUCCGAUAGUGAGGCGCUGAGGUCGGAAAAUGUGGAAAGCUUUGGUCGCCGGAACAGUUAUUGGAUGUAUUAUCUAAUAGUCGCUAGAUAUAGGUCAAGAAGUGAAGCAGAUAGGGCCAGCCGACUCCAAUAAGAAAUGUAGAUGUAGCAGGGAGUAAAACCAUGAUAAAUACCGGAUGGAAACCACUGAAGAGAGAAAAAUUCCAAAGAGAUAUUCGUACUGUGUCUUUUGCUUUUUGUGCUUCUCACCUGAUAACUGGUUAACAAAGCGUGAGCAGAUACAUAUGUACAUUCAGAUCUGUACACAUUUUUUGUACCUUAGUUAAGUAAUAUUUGUGUGUCACAAGUAAAUAAACUUUAUAGUAGUUAGUUGGUAAACGAAUUCUAAGCACGAUGCUUUUUGUGAACAUUUUUAUGAUCUGAAUUGUUAUGAUUAUAAAUAUACAAAUGUUUUUAUAAUGCUAAAAUGGAAA